AGUCGGCGCUUCCAGGUUCAGUUCAGUUUCAGGGUCUUGCCGGCAGCCCCGGCCGGCGGACGCGGAACGGGCAGGGGGGCCGGGACAGCAGGGUCCCCUGGGGGCCCCGGAGUUGGGAAGAGGUGUCCGGGAGCCCCCGGAGGAGGAUGGGCUGCAGACACAGCAAGCUGAACUGCUGCAAACCCCCCAAAAAGAGGCAUCAGGAACCAGAUCAGCCACCCAGACCAGAGCCCCAGGAGCCAGGCCUUCUUGAAGGGGACCCAGCCACAGCCGUCCAGCUCUGUGCAUCUGAAGAGGCCAAGCCGCACCAGGAGGAUAUAACCAGAAUUCUCCAGCAACAUGAAGAGGAAAGGAAACAAUGGGCACAACAGGUGGAGAAGGAGCAGGAGAUAGAACUUCAAGAAAAACUGGCUGAGCAGCGACAGGUCCUGGAGGGAGAAUAUGAGGAGGCCCUGCAAGUCGUCCGGACCUCAUGUGAACAGGAGAAAGAAGCCCUUACCCACUCCUUCCAGGACGCUACAGCAGCCCUACAGGAGACCAUAGAGAGGCUGACCUCACAGCUGGAGACUUUCCAGGCCAAGAUGAAGAGGGUGGAGGAGUCUAUCCUGAGCCGAGACUAUAAGAAGCACAUCCAGGAUUAUGGGAGCCCCAGCCAGUUUUGGGAGCAGGAGCUGGAGAGCUUGCACUUUGUCAUCGAGAUGAAGAAUGAGCAUAUUCAUGAGCUGGACAAGCAGCUGAUCCACCUAGAAACAGUGAAAGAAAAAAACCUGGUGUUGGAGGAGAAAAUAACAAUCCUGCAACAGGAGAAUGAGGACCUCCAUGUCCGAGGCCAAAAACAGAUGGUCGUGUCAAGGCAGCUCUCAGAGGACCUGCUUCUCUCCCGCGAGGCCUUGGAGAAGGAGUCCCAGCUACGGCGACAGCUCCAGCAGGAGAAGGAGGAGCUGCUGUACCGGGUCCUUGAGGCUGAUGUGUCUCCUGCCUUCCCUCUGGCCUCCGUCACCCCCACCGAGGUCUCCUUCCUGGCCACAUAGGCCCAGGCCCUGGGCUGCCAUGACGCCUAUGGUCACAGCUCCCACAAGGACUUCCCAACAAGACUGUGGGAACCUCUGCGUUCUUUUCCCAGAAAGGAACAAGGGUAGAAGUGAAAUGGGGAGCCAGGGAGUAUGCCCAGCG